GAACUGAAAUAUUGGAUCGAAAGGUAUCAAAUCGACAAGAUAAGCUGCCUCCUCCCCUCGCAAGGAGGAGGGCAUUAUUGCAAUCCAGUACCUCCCUUAUCCGUGAUCCUUCUCCACUGUUUUUCUUUACGAUCAAAUCCCCUCCUCUUCUCGAGCACGUACUGCUGCAGAAUUCUUUAUUUUUCUGGGGCAGAGACGUAAAUAUCACCCACUCCUUCAAAAUAAAUGGCGGGAUCAGAUACAACCAGUCCCGGGCUGGCGGGCCCCUCCUUCCCGCCCACUGACGCCUCACCUCCGAUGGCGGCGCCGCCACCGCAGCAGCCCGACCACACCUACACCUCCGGCGGCCUGGGCUACUUCCACCUCCGCCUCGUGGGCCCCGCCUCAGCCCUGCUCCUCCUGCGCUCCGACCGCCUGUACUCCCUCUCCCCCUCCCGCCGCCGGGGCCACCGCCUCCGCCUACUCCUCGCCCGCCCCCGUCGUCCGCGCGCCCGCGACCUCCUGCUCUGCACAUCCGGCGGCGCCCUUCGCCUCACACACCGCUUCUCUGGCGCCGGAGCUCCGAGCGUCAACGGCCGGCCCAUCCGCGCGAGGACCCCCGCCGAGCUGGCCGUCGGCGACGAGGUCUCGGUGCUAUGGCGCGGCGCCAGAUACGGGCUCGUGGUGGAGAGGUUCGUUUCAUGCGGAGGGGGUGGGGGUGUUGCGGCUAAGGCGCCGGGGUCCUGCCAGGAGGGGCUUGUGUUUAGGGCCGAGUCGCUGCGGAAGCGGCUCAGGGCGAUCUCCGAGAGCGAAGAUCCCCUUUCGUUCUUGAGGGAUUCGAGUUGUUCAGGAAAUGGCAGCGCAGAUGCUGGAGUGGAAGAAUUGAGGCAGGAUGACGCUGGUGAAUUGUGCCUGGACAAUCCAACCAAUCCCGUUUCUGAGGAGAAUUUGCCGCAAGAUGAUUGCAAUCUUGACCAGGACAAGUUGGAAUACCACCCUGAUGUUGUAAAAGGCGGUGAUACUGAUGCUGAGUUGUGUCAAGGGAGUAAGGGAUGCGGUGAUGACAACGAAGAGCAAACAGGAUGCAGCAAUGGCAAUGAAGAGCAGCAUCACAGUGAGGGCUGCUAUUCAGAUGGGAGCACAUUCUUCUUGAAUCGCCUUGCGCGUAUUGGAUCUCUGUCUGACACGCGAGCUGAACCACACAGUGGAGUUACACUUCCGCAACUUCUUCAUCCCGUGGAGAGUUUGGUGCGAGUAUUUACCGCAACAUUCACCUCAGAUAUUUCCUGGUUUCUUGACUAUUGCAAGAUUCCCCAGCAUCUGCCUGUGACAAUAGCAUGCCACAACAAGGAACGAUGCUGGAGUGCAAGCAGUGAAAAUAGAAUGGCAGCCCCCUUUGAAAGCCACCCUAACCUGCUACUAGUUUACCCCCGAUUCCCUGAAGAGAUAGCAUUUGGAAAGGAUAGGAAGAAGCAAGGGGUUGCAUGCCACCAUCCAAAGCUCAUAGUGUUACAAAGGGAAGACAGUAUGCGUGUUGUUGUUACUUCAGCUAACUUAGUUCCAAGGCAGUGGCAUCUCAUAACAAAUACAGUGUGGUGGCAAGACUUCCCUCGUAGGACAUCCCUGGACUAUGCUGCACUUUUUGGUACAGCUGAGGACCAAAAUUCUGAUUUUGCUGCUCAGUUAGUGUCAUUCAUAGCGUCCAUGGUCAAUGAAGUCCCUAGUCAGGCAUAUUGGAUAAAUGAGAUUGCUAAGUACGAUUUUGAAGGAGCUGGUGGCUACCUCAUCGCUUCAGUACCAGGAAUACAUGCACGGAGUCCUCCUUAUUUGGAGUCUAAUUAUUUCCUUUCAGAGAAACAUAUUUUACACAAAAAAUCUGCACAUAGAGUGUAUGUUGGUUGUGUUCAAACAUCUGUAGUUGGCCUAUCCCAUCGGUUUCACAUGCCAUCAGAUGUUGGGUCUCAACUGAGAGCCUUGUCUGCAUUUCUUGGAAAAUUCCGUGAGAAUAUGCAUGGAACUACUGAAGUGAUCUUGAAGAGGAACACAAAUAUACCUGCAGAUGCAAAUGCUGUGAGUGUCCUUGUUGCUGAUCUGGAUAAAUUUUCUGAGGAAGGUUCUGUCCAACUUGGUUUCUUGCCUAGAGAGGUUGCUAAGUGGGUAGCUCCACUCAGUGACUCAGGAUUCUUCAAUUUCUCUGGAUUUAUCUACCCCAGAGAAGCCUUGGAGGCUGCAUUUGGAGUAAAUAAUACAAAAGUGCAGUUGCUUCUGUAUGUAUCGAAGGGUCCAGAGUUUUAUAGAAUUUCAGGGCUGAUCUGCGACGAGCAUUUCCCACCUCUGUGCUCACUUAUAGCAUCCUUGAAGCGGUGCCUUGGACUUUGGCGCCUAGAAGAGGUAUUGUCAAACAUCAAGUGGCCUGAAGCACUCGAGACUGAUUUUAUCUAUGGUGCUUCAUCCAUUGGGACUUCAAUUAAUCCACAGUUCAUUGCAAGCUUUGCUUCUGCCACUGGUAAACGACCCCAUCAGGAUUUUGACUCUCAAGAGUCUGAUCCAGAGUGGGGUUGCUGGACAGCAAAGCAUGAACUGAAGAAGCCAUCAAUCACUCUGUUGUUUCCAACAAUUGACAGGGUGAAAAAAGGGGCUUGUGGAAUCCAGUUGUGCCGGAGUUUGCUUUCUCUACCUGAGAAAACAUGGCAAAGAUUGAGAUCUACCGGCAUAUUUCAUGAUGCAAUCCCUCAACCAUAUGCCAGGAUAGGGCAUCCUAUGCAUGUUAAGGUUGCUCAAAGACGCUUUGAGUCUCGUUCUGGGGGACACUCAUUCGGCUGGACUUACUGUGGGUCUCACAAUUUCAGUCCGGCAGCAUGGGGGCAGAUCCUUUCUCCUCCCUCCAAAGCAAAUCCUACUGAAGCCAGAUCAGCACCUUCCGGUCCAAGGCUGCACAUUUGCAACUAUGAGCUCGGCAUCAUACUCAUUUCUCCACCACCAGGCAAGUCAAAGCAAGCAAGUGAAAGUAGGCACAGGAUCGAGAGCAUCGCCCUACCAUUUGUGGUGCCUCCGCUGCGAUAUAAGGGGAGUGAUAGGCCAGCGACUCGGUUGGCCAUGCGAGAGGCUGCGGCUGAAGCUUGUGUUCUGCAGAGUUACGAUGUUGUAAACUUGUCAGAUGAUACUGAUGAAGAUGUGCCAGAUGAAGAUGAUGAGCAGGAAGUUGAGCUAUCUGAUUGUUCUCAACAAGAGAAGGAAGAGGAGAAGAUUUACGCAGAGAUGCUAUGGGGGCAGGUAGAUUCUUCUCAGAGCCAGGAAAAGGAUUCGUGAAGUUGGAGUUCAGUUCUUUGUGCAGUAUUACAGAUUCAGUUCGUUGUGGGAGUUAACUGGAGAGGGGGUCAUAAGGAGAGUACAGUACAGAAGGUUGAUGCGACAGACAUGUUGAAGAAAAGCUGUUCUUGGAAGCUUCAGGUUCGCAUAUAUUUCAAGCGAAUUGAACUUCCUGAAGGAGAGCAAGUUGUUGUAUUGAAGAUUUGAAGUCUGAUUUCAAGGGCAGGCAGGCACAAUCUGACGACUAGAAAGGCGGCCUUAGCCCCUGAUUCUACCUUAUUACUGAAACAGAUGAAGCUGAUUCCAUCUUUUA